AUGUCAAGUAAGCAGUGGACGCUGCUAUACACAGCUCAAUCAUAUGAAGAAGCAAAAGAUUUAGCAAAAUCACGCUUUAAUGUUUGCCAAAAUCGACGAUCAGAUUUAAACGAUCAAACAAAAUAUUCAUUUAAAUGCAGUGAAUACAGGAAAUAUCCUUUAUGUCAUUUUCAAAUAAAAAUUAUCGUGCCAGAUAACAAUAUGAAUUCUAUAACAAUUAUGUCCAAAAAUGAACAUGAACAUGAACAAAAUGAACGAGAUGCAACAACAAGAUUACCAUCGCCAAUACGUGAAUCCAUAUCUACCUAUGUCAAGUGUGGAUUAUCACAAUCUCAAAUUAAAGCAUCAUUGAUAAUAAAUUCGGUGAUCGAAUAUAUAUUUUUUGUGAUCAUUUCGCAAUAA